AGCGCGCUGCAUUAGGGGCUGAGAUGGACUAAUAAGGGAGCCUGGGUUGCAUCAUCGGCCAAUAAUAGCUCACCACGAGGAAAGGGCUGUAAGAAGAACAGUAAGACCCAGCAGAGCGCGGUGAUCAGAACAAUCCACAGCACAUCACGUGUUAGACUCUAGAACUGGGGGUGGGCUUGCCCCACAGAUGUUCCACACAACCAUCUCCAGGGAACGGGUCACUGCUGCCAUCCAUCGAUGGCCGUCGUUUGACGGGGACAAUUGCGAAUGCUGAGCAGGCUAGUGAGGUUGGGGCCCGCCCUCAGUCUCCACUCUUUGGCUACUGGAUGGAAUUGAGGUGAAUGGAGCCCAUUUCCAACGUUGAGGACCCCAACUCAUCAGAAGGAGAUGUGAAACGCUGGCCCAAUGGACCAAAAAGGAAGAGAAAGAACAGCACAUGUUCAUUGAAGAGCAUGUCUGCACUGAGCCUCUCUGUCCCAGGAUACAUCCCCAGCUACUUGGAGAAGGAUGAGCCAUGUGUGGUAUGUGGAGACAAGGCCACCGGCUACCAUUACCGCUGCAUCACAUGCGAGGGCUGCAAGGGUUUCUUCAGGCGAACUAUCCAGAAGAACCUUCACCCGGCUUACUCCUGUAAGUACGAUGGCUGCUGCAUCAUCGACAAGAUCACAAGGAACCAGUGCCAACUGUGUCGCUUCAGGAAGUGCAUCGCAGUUGGCAUGGCUAUGGACCUGGUGCUGGACGACUCUAAGCGGGUAGCCAAGCGUCGUUUGAUUGAGGAGAACCGGGAGAAGAGGAAGAUGGACGAGAUUGUGAAGACUCUACAGACACGUCCGGAGCCCGACAGCUCGGAGUGGGAGCUGAUCCGCCAUGUGACAGAGGCCCACCACUACACCAACGCGCAGGGCUCCCACUGGAAACAGAAACGCAAGUUCCUGCCUGAGGACAUAGGUCAGUCCCCAGGGGCUCCCACCCCAGACGGAGACAAGGUAGACCUGGAGGCCUUCAGCGAGUUCACAAAGAUCAUCACCCCCGCCAUUACACGCGUCGUCGACUUUGCCAAAAAACUAACCAUGUUCUCAGAGCUGCCUUGUGAGGACCAGAUCAUCCUAUUGAAAGGUUGCUGUAUGGAGAUCAUGUCGCUUCGUGCCGCCGUGCGCUACGACCCAGAGAGCGAGACGCUUACCCUGAGCGGCGAGAUGGCGGUGAAGAGGGAGCAGCUGAAGAAUGGCGGGCUGGGCGUGGUGUCGGACGCCAUCUUUGAUUUGGGCAAGAGUCUGGCGCAGUUUAACCUGGACGACUCGGAGGUGGCCCUGCUGCAGGCUGUGCUCCUCAUGAGCUCAGAUCGCUCUGGCCUGACAUCGGUAGAUAAGAUCGAGAAGUGCCAGGAGACGUACCUGCUUGCCUUCGAGCACUACAUCAACCACCGCAAGCACAACAUUCCCCAUUUCUGGCCCAAGCUGCUGAUGAAGGUGACGGACCUGAGGAUGAUCGGGGCGUGCCACGCCAGCCGCUUCCUCCACAUGAAGGUGGAGUGUCCCAACGAACUCUUCCCUCCGCUCUUCCUGGAGGUCUUCGAGGACCAGGAAGUAUGAACUGACCCCUGACUUUUGACCUGGAAGAGAUAGAAGAGAGAGGGGGGAAUUAUGAGGGGGAAAGAAAAGGAGUAACAAUUGGCCUCUUUCCUCAUUUUGUGAAACACUAUCACCACCAGCAACACGGAUAGUCACCAAAAAAAAAAAAGUCACAGAGAAAAACAAAAAGGCUUUCUUUUGCAUAGCCGUUUUGAUGAUUUGCACU